AUGGCUGGCCCCGAGUCCAUCCACGACAAGAAGGACGCAAGUCAGGUCGAGAGAGUGCUCUCUGCCGAAGACGAGAAGGUCGAGCACGUCAACUACGACCGUAUCGACGACGAAGUUGCAAAGUAUGCUGCCGCCACUGGCGAAGCCGUCAUCAUCUCCGAAGAGGAGAACAAGCGACUAAAGGCAUUGAUCGACAAGCGUGUGCUUCCUAUCAUGGUCUUCACCUACUUCCUCCAGGCUUUGGAUAAGGGAACCAUGUCCUUUACUUCCAUCAUGGGUAUCCGAAAUGACAUCCCCGCCUUGAAAGACACCCACAACUGGGGUUGGCUCACCACCUGUAUCUACAUUGCCGUGCUCAUCGUCGAAUAUCCCACCAACUGGACCAUCCAGCGUGUGCCCGUUGGCAAGUACCUCGGUUUCAACAUCCUCGCUUGGAGCACCGUGCUUUGCUGCCAUGCCGCCUGCUUCAGCUUCCCAUCUCUCAUCGUCGUCCGAACCCUGCUUGGUAUCUUUGAGGCCGUCUGCCAGCCCGCUUUCCUUAUCAUGAGCUCCAUCUGGUACAAGCGCGAGGAGCAGGCCCGCGUUGUCACCUACUGGUACAUGAUGAACGGUGCCCAGCAGAUCGUCGGUGGUCUUCUCGCGUAUGCAUUCUCCCAGAUCAAGCACCCCAGCUAUGUCGACGACAAAGGCAACAGCGGAAACGCGAAGAUCAGGUCGUGGCAAGCUAUCUUUAUCACCUAUGGUAGCAUUUCUUUCUUGUGGGGCUUGUUCGUCCUGUACUGGCUUCCUGACAGCCCUAUGCGCGCGAAGUGCUUCUCCGAGGAGGAUAAGAAGCUCAUGGUCGAGCGCGUCCGAUCCAACCAGACCGGUCUCCAGAACAAGAAGUUCCGUGCCUACCAACUCAAGGAGGCCCUCACCGACCCCCAGACCUACUGCUACAUGUUGAUCCAGAUCUGCACCACGAUCCCCACUUCCGGCCUCGGCGCCUUCUACCAGAUCAUCAUCAAGGGACUCAAGUUCACCACUCUCGAGACCCAGCUCCUCGCCAUGGUGCUCGGUGCCGUCAUCAUCGCCACGCUCAUGGGCUCCGCAUGGAUGGUCGGACGAACGAAGCAGAAUCUCCUCACCAUGCUCGUAUUCCUGAUACCAUCUUUCAUCGGCACAAUCGUCAUCAUGACAGUGAAGAACACCAACAACGCCACCAAAGCCGGCCUCCUCAUCUCCUACUGGAUUGUCUUCACCUUCUGGGCAGCACAGGGUCUCGGAAUGUCUCUCCUGACACGAAACGUUGGCGGGCAGACUAAGAAGUCCAUCUGCAUCACCAUGAACUUCCUCGCGUGGUGCGCGGGUAACGCCGCGGGUCCCCAGAUCUUCUUCAACGGCGACGCGCCAAGGUACCUCAAGGCGCUCUCCAUCCACAUCGGCUGCUACAGCUUCUUGGUGCUCGUCAUCUUGUUCUUGAGGUGGGAGCUCACCAGGAGGAACAAGAGCAAGGACAGGGAGUUCGGUGUCGAGACCAACACCACCCACGGUUUCGACGACUUGACGGAUAAGGAGAACCCUAACUUCCGUUACGUCUACUAA